AGUGCUCCACUGGGGAUUACACUAGCCACUUUAGAUCUCAAGGAUGCAGAAACUAUAAGUCAAUUGUGGCCACAUCGUGACCCCGAAGCCAUGAAUCGGACUCGUCGUCUAAUACAGUAUAAUGUUUCUGUGGGAGCUUAUGAUGGGACUGGCAAAUUAAUUGCCUGGUGCUUGAGACAUACCAACGGCUCAUUGGGUCUGCUUCAAGUUCUGGAGUCUCACAGACGUUUGGGUCUGGGCAGUUUGAUGGUUCGCUAUCUCUCAAAAACGAUCUCAGCCCUGGGAGAUGUAGUUCAAGCGCCUGUGGUGCCUGAAAAUAUUCCAUCACGCAAAAUGUUUGAGAAACUGGGAUUUCAAUCUAUUGAUAAGAUACAUUGGAGUCUUCAGAAAUGAAUGAAUGAAGGAAAAGUAAUAAUUAUCGUAAUAAUAAAAAUGUCAUAUAGGUUCCAUAAUAUUUUACUUGUGUUCUCACAUAAGAUCUAUGUGCCUUCCCAUAAAUAUAAAAAUAUUAAAUUUUUAAGUGCUUUAAAAAAUAUGCGAAGCAAGU